GUUAAUGGAUUGCACUAUUCUUUUGUUUUAGAUGCUCGAAUUAGAUUCGCGUAGAAAUGAUUAAAUUUCAUUACUGUUCGACAAACCAUAGCAUACAGACUUCUUACAGUGAGGGAUGUGCUUCUUCGUGUGACAGUACAAAGCACAGUCUCAAAGGUGAACUUAGCCUUCGUACAAAAAGUAAAGUUUCAUUUAUUUCAUGAGGACUAAAUCGUACGUAAAAAUUACUAAAAAUUACGUUGUCCUAAUUCAGGUGUUUAAAAUGUUUAAUCUACCGCAGAAACUUGAACAAAGAACAAAUCAAAAACUUAAAUCAUCGUCGUCAUAUUUCGGGAGUUACACAUCUUUAAUAAGUCCCAGUGCCGCCUUCAACCGUUUAAUGGGAUUUUUACCAUACAAACUCGAAUCAUCGAAAUUUGUAUAUUCGAAAUCAUACUUUGUUUUCUCUACAAUUUCCAUCAUUAUUUACUUGAUCUUCGUAGUUCUUUCUCUGUACCAAACCAACUUUUCUUCUAUGAAAUUUAUAGAACUUGUACAUAAAUUGCAAUUUGCUCUGAUAUUUCUUUGUGGGCCUGUGAUUUUCAUCUCGGCUUAUACCAAAAAUCGAUCAAUGAUCCGAGCGAUCAAUGGCAUCUCGAACGUUUCUCGUAUACUGUCUUCAGAAACUUGCCAUAAAGUGGUUAAAAAGAUUCUUAUAAAAGAUAUCUUAAUUCUGUUACCACUAAUGUGCAGCAUUCCAUACAACUUAUUCUACGUACCUUAUAUUUUUUGUUACACUUUUUGGUAUACUUUCAUCGGUACUAUAGCAUUAACUAGCUUGUACACGAACAACGUAUACGUGCUAAAUGCCUGUUUUAAAUACAUAAACGAUUCUUUAGUGCAAGUGAAGGAAAUUCUAGUCAAUGAUGAGCCUCAUCUACUCAGAAGAGUCUAUCAUAUGCAGAAGAAUCCUAUAUUGUUGACGAAGUUGAGAACUCUUAAAAAGCAACAUCUAGAGAUGAGCGAAGUCGUUGAGCUACUGAAUAACACGUGUAGCAUACAGAUCGAAGCCAUAUUAAUAAUAAUGUUCAUCUUCAUUAUAUUCACUAUGUACAAUUAUUUAUCCAUUUUCGAUCGUUGA